GGCGUACGGCACAGGUCAGUCGACUUCGGGGCGAAACUGUUUUGUUUUUGGCCACUGCCAACAUUAACGGCCUAAAAACGCAGUACCUCACUCCUUAGUGUACUAAAUAGCCAUUAGCCACUACGAAGGAAGAAGGAAUUGUUCUGCAACGUCGUGCUGAGUCGCAAGUUAAUAAUCUCUUAAUGAGUAACGAAGUGCAUCCUGGCCCGUCGCGAGCAGCACUUUCUAUUCUUUCCAUUCCUCGCAUGAGCAGAAGAUGUACUUUACGGGGUGAAGCCCGAAGAAUAAUUAAUAACAUAGUCGAAUGUUGCGAACAGGAAUGCGAAAGGAAAUACCUAUUCCAACCACUCACUCAAUCGGCGAACCGAACAGCGACGUACACAGGAGCAAGCAUCAGCACCGUAAGAAGAAUUCGGAAAUUUUGCAUAGAAAAUCCUGGGAAAUUACCAGAGACUCCAGGCAAAAAGAGGCCGAAAGCUACUGGGAGAAUCCAAUGGAAUGAAUUUCAUAGGAGUGUUGUGAAACAAACAAUUGAAGACUUCUAUUUGGUGCAGAAGAUCGCUCCCAGUCUGCGGAAACUUCGGCCAAUACUUAAGGAAAAGAUUGGUUGGACGUGGUCUGUUACAUCUUUGAGGAAUACUUUGCUGUCCAUGGGAUUCAUAUGGAAAGAUAGGCAGUAUAAGAGAAGGUUAUUGCUAGAACGUAGUGAUAUUGCUGGCUGGCGGUCGCAUUUCAUUGUACAAAUGAGACAUAGUAGAGCAGCAGCCAAAGAAAUAUUCUAUGUUGAUGAAACUUGGAUAGACAGCAAUUUAGUAGUUGGAAAAUGCUGGCCAAAGAAUGCUGCAGCAGGCGUUCCAGGAUGGGGAACUUCCUCUAAAAGACUUAUUGUAGGAAGUGUUGGAUCGAGAAAGGGAUUCAUCAGGGAAGCCCAGCUAAAUUUCUGGGCAAACUCUGCAAAAGGAGACUAUCGUGGUCAAAUGACUUCGGAAAUCUUUGAGAAGUGGUUUGAGACCAUGGUUCUCCCAAAUCUUCCACCAAAUGCAGUCAUAGUGAUUAACAAUGCUCCAUAUCAGAACAGGCAGGUGGACAAAACACCCACAUGUUAUCAUACAAAGAUGAGGAUGCUGCAGUGGCUCCAAAAGAGGCAGGUCCCUUGUAGUGAAAGCAUGAGGAAACAGGUUCUGUUCUCAUUAAUUCAAGAACACUGCCCUAGUGAGAAGUCAUUUGUGAUUGACAAAAUGGCUAAAGAGAAAGGCCACUUGGUUGUCCGCUUGCCACCACACAACUGUAAUUUGAGUGCAAUGGAAUUGGCAUGGGCGAAAGUGAAAAGAUUGUUUAGGGAGCUCAGUGUUACAGGUGACUUGUUGAAUGAUGAUCUGCUUCAGCUUGUCAGUGAAACCCUUCUGUUAGUUACUGCUGAUGACUGGGAAGGGUACUGCACGAACAAACAACAACUGGAAGAAGAUUACUGGAGGCGUGACGCUGUCGUCGAACAUGCAAUAGAAGACAUCAUGAUUAACACUGCUGAAUCGGACAGUAGUGACGAUAAUAAGGAUUUAUGCACAGAUGAUGAAUACAAUGAAAGUGAUUCUGAUUGAGUUAUUUGUUUUUGCAAUUCAGCAUUAGAAAUGUUAAUAAAUAUUUAAAUUUGUAA